AUUAAAGCUCUCACUGGCACUUAAGUUUUAGCUCAGUAGUAAAAUUAUGUGAAGUUUAGCUUUGGGCAUUGAAAAGCAUAUUUCUAGUGCUGUUCAUCAGCUUUUGGCACACCAAACUGUUAUUUCCUUACCUCAGUUUUUAGGUAAGUUAGGAUUAUAUAAGCAUAGUGACUCAGAUUGGGUUCCUAUAUUAUAAGAAAAUAAGCAUCUGUUAUCAUAUAAAACAACUGGGUUAUUCCACACCAACUCAACCAUUCAACUAGAAAGAGAGAAAGCAAAUAGCAUUCAACACGAUUCACCAUGAGGAUCAUCACUGGAGCUACCGCUGCUUUGAGUCGACGAGUGUCUGCUUUCGCCAUUGGGAGCAACAACUUUGUCAAAGCGGCCGGCCGCGGCCUUAGCUCGGCCCCACCAGAGCUGCCGCCCUGCGAUUUCACGCCAUCCGCCUACCAGGGGCCCGACCCCGAGCGGGUGAGCCGCGUGCGCCGCGACCACCUGAGCCCGGCGCUGCUGGCCUCCUUCCGGCGGCCGGUGAUCAUCCACCAGGGCCACAUGCAGUACCUGUUCGACCACACCGGCCGACGCUACCUGGACCUGUUCGGCGGCAUCGUGACAGUCAGCGUGGGACACUGCCACCCGAAGGUGACGGCGGCCGCUAGGGAGCAGAUGGAUCGGCUCUGGCACACCACCAACAUCUACCUGCACCCCAAGAUCCACGAGUACACGGAGCGACUGCUGGCCACCAUGCCGUCCCACUUGCAGGUGGUGCACCUGGUUAACAGCGGCUCCGAGGCCAACGACCUGGCGGUGCUGCUGGCGCGGCUCUCCACCGGCCACUUUGACGUCAUCUCGCUGCGCAACGCCUACCACGGCAUGGGGCCGCACGGCAUGGCGCUCACAGCACACAGCACCUGGAAGUACAACGUGGCGCACAUGUUCGGCGUACACCACGCGAUGAACGCCGACCCGUACCGCGGCCCGUGGGGCGGCGCCCGGUGCCGCGACUCGCCGGUGCAGACGGACCGUCACUGUGACUGCGCCGCCGGCCACUGCCAGGCCAGCCAGCUGUACGCCGACCAGCUGGCCGAGACGCUCCGCUACUCCUGCCCCAAGGGACGCGUGGCCGCCUUCUUCGCCGAGAGCAUACAGGGUGUCGGCGGCACCGUCCAGUUCCCCAUCGGCUACCUGCAGAAGGCGGAGGCCCUGGUCCGCGACCACGGUGGUCUGCUGGUUAUGGACGAGGUCCAGACGGGCUUCGGUCGCACCGGGGAGCACUUCUGGGCGUUCGAGGGUCACGGCGUGCGGCCUGACAUCGUCACCAUGGCCAAGGGCAUCGGAAACGGCUUCCCCCUGGCGGCCGUGGUCACCACCAAGGAGGUGGCGGCCAAGAUGUCAGAGGCGCUGCACUUCAACACGUACGGCGGCGGGCCCGUCUCGUCGGCCGUUGGCAUCGCUGUACUUGAUGCGCUGGCCGAGGACGGCUGCCAGGAGCGCGCCGGCCGGCUGGGCACGCGGCUGCUGCACGCGCUGGCCCAGCUGCGCGACCGCCACCCGGCCGUGGGCGACGUGCGCGGCAAGGGUCUGAUGAUCGGCAUCGAGCUGGUGGCGGAGCCGCGCGGCCGGCAGCCGCUCGGCACCGACGCCGUCGGCGACGUCUGGGAGCACGCCAAGGACCGCGGCCUGCUCGUCGGCAGGGGCGGACACUUCGGAAACGUGCUGAGGAUCAAGCCGCCCAUGUGCAUCACGGACGAGGACGUGGAUUUCGCCGUCGCUGUUCUGGACGAGGCGUUCACGGCUCACCUGCCUCAGUAGGCCUCCGGCCGCUGCUGCGGGGGCAGCCCGGCGUCGCCUCCAGUGGCCCGGGCGGUCCCCCAGGGAUCAGUAUGGCGCCGGCCUCUCGUGCUUGCCGCGCUAUCCCCGCACACGUGCCAACUGGUAUCUGGGAAAGCAAGCGAUCUGUACCGAAAGGGGGUCGG